AUGAAGACUCUCUUUCUUCUGAAAAUCUUUGCAGCAGCCGCUUCUGCUACCAACCUACUUCUUCCACUCUAUGCCUGGCCGGCAACUGGGGCUUGGGAUGACGUCUACAAGGCGAUCGAGGCGAAUAGCCAACUGAUCUUCCAGAUCAUCAUCAACCCCGACUCUGGUCCUGGAAGCGCGACCCCAGGAGACAGUGACGAGUACAAAGCUGGCGUGACCGAGCUGAACUCCUAUUCCAACGUCCAGCUGUUCGGCUACGUCCACUGCAACUACGACACCAGCUCCGGCGAUGAAAUCAACCGCAAUGUGACCCAAUGGAACUCUUGGAACGCAGAUCCUAAGAUAUCGAUCGACGGCAUUUUCUAUGACGAGAUACCCAACGAAGAAGGCGACAACGAGAGCGUUGCGUUCCUAGCAUCGCUGGUCAAAGCUGCCGAGUCCACAUUCGGUGAUCACCCUUUCCAGAGUAUCUUCAACCCUGGAACGAACCCACAGCAUGUUGAGCUCUAUGAUUCGGCCGACUACAUUGUAGUGUUCGAGUCAGAGGCUUCCUCGUACAACGAAGCAGUCCUCGCCAAUCAGAUUCCCCCAGGGAAAGCGAGCCAAUCAUCAAUCUUGAUUUACGAUUUCGCUGGCCAGGGGGACGAUGGACAGCUGAGGACUUGGCUGCAGGGUAUGAUCUCUGCUGGUGUGGGGAGUGCCGACGUACUCAACACUGGUUACAGCGAGGCCAACGAUGACAGUGGACCGGCAGACAUUGGGUCUGUUGCUUCAAUAUUGUCGUCUAGUGGAGGACAGUCCGCAGCCAAACCUGCGAAUCGUAUCGGCCUUGCUACUUCGAGAGUGGCUCUGGGUAGGAAUCCAUCCCCACCCAAGUCUUUGGGAGACAAUGAUUCCAGGUCCGCGGCUAGAGCCAUCAGCAGCGGUGAGGCAUCCUACAACCCUCACGAUAGUGGCGGGAAGGAGAAGGGGGAUUACGAAGACGAUGAAAACCAAAGAAGAUAG